AUGGUCGCUCCCGCUUACGUCGAAGAUUCUUACGUUGACCAUGUUUUAUCUGCCAAUUUAGACUCUACCUACGCCUUUGAAGGCCCGGAAAAGUUGCUCGAAGUUUGGUUCUGGCCGUCUGCAACGGCUAUUCCAUCCUCUGUUUCAUCUGAAGGUUUGCGUGCCAUUCCUUUGGAGAAAUGGGUCAAUAUCUUGGACUUGGUCAAUUGCAAGAUCUUGUCCAUGAAAUCGAGUCCCACCGUAGACGCCUACUUGUUGUCUGAGCUGUCGCUUUUCGUGUUUCCUCACAAGUUUAUCUUGAAAACUUGCGGAACCACUACCACGUUGGCUGCAUUGGACGAAAUGUUCGACAUUGCCAGGGAACAUUGCGGUAUCGACAACAAACCGGCAGCUAUCUCUUCGAAGAAAGUCUUCAAGGUGUUCUAUUCCAGAAGAUCUUUUAUGUUUCCUGAUAGACAGAAGCAUGUGCAUACGUCUUGGAAACAUGAGACUCAAUUACUCAACGAGCAUUUUGUCUCUGGUAAGCUGUACGUUGUUGGCGAUUUCACCCUGGACGACCAUUGGUACUUGUACAUGGGGGGUUCUGGGUGCAACAACUCUGACUCGGCCAAAUCGUGCUUUUCCGACCAGACUUUCGAGAUCUUGAUGACUCAAUUGGAUCCUUCCAAGGCUGCGCAGUUUGUCACUUCCAGAAAGCCUGGGCCUGACUCAAUGGUAGAAAGUGAUAGCGAGGACCACGACUUGGGCCAUGACUACGGCUCGGAGACCAUGAAGGCCACAGGCUUGGACGAUGUGUUUAGACCUUCCAGCAGAAGGUUUGCGCAGAUGCCAUCUCCGCUGUUGAGCGACAACAUGGAGUUGCUGGACGACGAAGCUCGUGGAAAUGUCCGUUCAGACCAGUCCAAGGACUCACGGUCUGCAAUUGAAUUCAUCCACGAUGCCUUUUCGUUUAGUCCAUGCGGCUUCUCGUCCAAUUCCAUUAGCUCGAGAUCUGGAGGCUACUACUACACGCUCCACAUCACUCCGGAGUCUGGAUGGUCGUACGCUUCGUUCGAGACAAACUACCCGUUCUCGGCCACGUCCAGCGUGGGAAUCGUGGAUGUGUUGAUGCGGGUAUUGAACAUCUUCAAGCCUGGUCGUUUUUCCAUGACUUUGAUCAACGAGUCUCAUCCUGACCUCAAAUCUGUUUUGGGGGUUGCUCAUAAGGAUAGUUUUGCUGAGUUAGCUAGCAGCGACGAAGCUUUGGCCAAGUUGGGCUACAUGAAGCACGAACGUGUGAUUUACGACUUGAAGAGCGAGUACAACUUAUUGUACAUGAACUUUGAGAAGCAGUGA